AGAUUAUUGAAGUUUGUCGUCUUCCUGAUGUUGACAUUAACUCGGGUCAAUGGGCAAGACCACAUCCAAGACGCUGGUGGAAUGAGCGCACAAACGAUCAGAGAUAUUUUGUUGGGAGAAAUUAACAAGCUUCGUGGAUCAGUUGAUCCAGGACCAUCGGCAAAUAUGAACUAUCUGAAAUGGAGCGACGAGCUGGAGGUAUGUGCGAUGAAACAUGCAGUCACGUGUCCAGAUGGUCACAGCGACCUCUCGUGUGCGAACGCUUAUGAGAACCUACAUUGGUUCUCAUGGCCACCAAGUAAAGAAACACUAGAGUCUAAGAUCUACAGUUGGUGGGUGGAACUUUACUCUCCCGGCUAUGACUGGUUCUCCGCCAAGGCUGUCAAAGGGGACUGGAGAGGCGUAGGGCACUAUACAAAUGAGGACGAGGCUACAGUGUUAGAGGUUGGCUGUGGGUUUGUUGACUGUACUGCGCAGGGUAAACAGAGCACAUUGGUGUGUCAGUAUCAUAGAAUUCCUCGUGCCAAGGAGAUUGGUAAUUAUGUUGAAAAGGUAUACCGGCUUUCCAAUGGUACCACGCGUUUAUAUGAAGUUGGAGAACCGUGUACAAACUGUCGGGAUGGGAAUGGCUGGUGCUACAAAAAAUUAUGUGUGGAGGAAUGUCCAGCAGGAACUAAAGGGACAGAUUGCAAAUGUGCACUGGCCGACAAUUGCCACGAGGGAACCCUGAACACAGAAACCUGUCAGUGUGAGUGUGACACAGGGCACGUUGGUCUCAAAUGUGACAGGCAGUGUAUGAAUUUCCGAGAUUGCAACUACAAUGCUGACUGUAGCGACCCCUAUAUUGCUAGAACUCAAUGUCCAGGAAAAUGUGGAAAAUGCAGUUGUGUGGAUCAUGGUCAAUGCGCUCAUGGAAGUUAUGAUGCAACACCAGAAGUCUGCAGUUGUGUAUGUGAAGACGGUUGGACGGGAGAGAAGUGUGAUGGUUGCCAAGAAGUCACGUGUCAGAAUGGCGGAGUAUGGAAUCCAGAUCGCUGUGCCUGCGACUGUGUGGAUAACUGGGGGGACAAGGGUUGUACAGCUGACUGUGACAUUGGGGACCCAACUGUAUGGCCAUGUGAUGUCGAGGAUGAAGCUUCAGAUACAUACUCAUGUAGAAAUUCAUGGUUCAGGAGCCAGUGUAGCCCAAAUUGCUACCUUGGAUGCAUGAAAUUGUAUCUGAAGUCUUGCCCAAGUCUUUCUGAGCCACUUAGGUGUGAGAAUGGAGGAACAUUUAGUCCAACAACAUGCAAGUGUGAAUGUUCUGCAGGAUUUGCAGGGGACAUGUGUGAGAAGGUUGACUGCAGUAUUGGCGAUCCUACCACGUGGCCAUGCAGUUACCAUGACGAGGCAGAUGCAACAUACUGUUGUAGCAAUAAGUGGUUCAGCGAUCAAUGUCUUUCAGUCUGUUAUGACCAGUGCAAGGAACCACCUGAGUUGCCGGUGCCUGGAUGUCCAGACUUGGAGGCCGCCUUAGAGUGCGCAAAUGGAGGGACUUUUGACCAGGAACAGUGUAAAUGUAUCUGCCCUGAGAAAUAUGCAGGAGAACUGUGUGAACGUCCGGACUGCAGUAUAGGUGACCCAAUAGAGUGGCCCUGCAGUUACUAUGACGAGGAUGAUGCCACAUAUAGGUGUAGUAACUCAUGGUUUAGGGACAGAUGUUACCCCACUUGCAAGCCUGAAUGUAUGGAAUGGUACCUAGCUAAAUGUUCAGACUUGACAUGGCCAUUGCUGUGUGUGAAUGGAGGGCUGUUCAAUAAAACCACGUGUGUCUGUGACUGCAAACCUGGGUACGAUGGGAACCUCUGUCAAGAAGUUGACUGCACCUAUGGCAAGGCCCCUGACCAAUGGCCAUGUAGUUACUAUGACAAGGAAGACUCCACAUACAGCUGUCCUAACUCGUGGUUCAGAGACCAAUGCUUCCGUAACUGCAAAACUGAAUGCAUGAAGAAAAGAAGUACCAGUAGAGAGGAGGAAUCUGAGGAGAAGGAUAGUCGUGAAAAGUCCAAGAAAAAGUCUGACGAUACGAGUGAAAAGUCUAAGAAAAAAUCUACAGAUAGUGGUGAGAAGUCCAAGCUUAAGUCAAAGGAUAAAGGUGAGAGCAAGAAGAAGGACCCAGAAUGUGACUUUCCCGCAAGGAAGAGAAAAGACUGUGGAUGGGCGGGAAUCACAGCUGCUCAAUGCGUGGAAGCUGGGUGCUGUUUUGACUCAUCUGUCGUCAAUGCAAAAUGGUGUUUUGCUAAGAAGGGAUAGCAACGGCAAGUAACCACAUCGACAAAAUCUGGUAGUUUGAAACAACCACAAUGAAAACAGAUUCUUUAACACGGGACAUUCAGCCUCUAUUUAUCAUUGUUGUAAAUACUGUAGCUACCAUAUUCUCUAAUUCUAUAUAUAGCAGUCUGCUCUCUAACCAAGUGCUCUCUGCCCAAGUGUAUUAUAAAAAAAGCACACAGCAAAUAAAUCACUGAUAUGUCAUGUACA